GUUCCCCUUGUCAAGCCCAUGAACCAUGCAGUUCAAUGAUGCAUCUUGACUAAUCUGUUGCUCCUCAAGAACAGAUAUCGUGCAGAGCCGACCGAGUGGCCUUCUGUACAGGAAAACAGAACAGUCAUUGAAUCAUCUAUUAUCUGCUUUCAAUACGCGUCCUGUAACCUUUCCUCGUGAAUCGUGACCCGCCUUCUCCCCCACCAUCUCUCGGAUCAACCUGCCUCCACGUUAUCUAGGAGCGCCGAGGAUCUUGACUUACACUGAAGCCCGCAUAAGCCGACAAGAUGACAGGCCCCAUUGAUCCAGAGAGCAUCUACACCAAACAAUCGUGUAUUGGUGGUGGAAGUUUUGGCAGGGUCUACAAAGGAGUCGAUAGGCGUACUGGAGAGUCCGUUGCCAUCAAGAUUAUCGACGUCGAAAACGCCGAAGACGAAGUGGACGACAUCAUUCAAGAGAUCGCGAUUCUCUCAGAACUGAAGUCUCCCUACGUGACUAAGUAUCACGGGUCAUACUUGAAGGGCUCCCAUCUAUGGAUUGUCAUGGAAUAUUGUUCCGGUGGCAGUUGCCAUGACCUAUUGUUGCCUGGACCGAUUCACGAGGAAUACAUUGCGAUCAUUCUGCGGGAGCUUCUGAAGGGCCUGGAAUACCUUCAUGGUGAUCAUAAGCUUCACAGAGAUAUCAAAGCCGCAAACGUCCUUCUCACUGCAGGCGGUCAGGUCAAACUGGCCGAUUUUGGUGUCUCGGGACAAUUGUCAGCUACAAUGACCAAGAAGAAUACCUUCGUCGGAACACCUUUCUGGAUGGCCCCAGAAGUCAUUAAACAAUCAGGUUAUGACUACAAGGCGGACAUCUGGUCUUUGGGCAUCACGGCCAUCGAACUGGCCUGUGGAGACCCUCCUUACGCUGACAUCCACCCGAUGAAGGUGCUGUUCCUGAUCCCCAAGAACCCUCCUCCUACUCUCACUGGGGACUUCACGAAGCCAUUCAAGCAAUUCGUAGAGCUAUGCCUGCGUCGGGACCCUAAGGAACGUCCCUCCGCCAAGGAAUUGCUGGAGCAUCCGUUUAUCAAACGUGCCAAGAGAACCACCUACCUGACAGAGCUUAUCGAGCGUGCAGAGCGCUGGCAAGCUACACGUCACAGUCAGAGAGAAUACGAGCAAACUUUUGAUGGACUCGAUGAACCAGCAGUCUGCGAAAAGAAAGAAGAAAACGAGGAUCUUUGGGACUUUGGCACUGUACGCCCUGCUGGAAGAGCUCCUGACCCGCCUCGGACGCCGUUGAAUGAGCCGGAUUCCAAUUCACGCAACCCGGAUACAGAUGAGUGGGAUUUGGGUGAUGAGUCUACCAAGCAGACUCGUCCAUCUCCCUCCGUACCACAGCUGGGCAAACACACAAACACUGCGGCUGAUCUCUCUCCCUUCAAAAUCCCCCUUCCUCCAUCUGCGCCUUCCUCUCCCCUUAAGAGCGCAUCCUCAUCCGCACAGCCUCGGCCACAGGCUUCACCUUCGCGCAAUUUUCGCCCUCUUCCAAAGCUCACUUCAACUGAGCCAAAUUCCCCCGCGAGAGGCCACAAAGACCGGCACACACAGGCCAUCACGAACCACAGAAAUGACCCAGCACCAAACAAGCCAUCUCCUUUGGUAUCUGGAUCACGGUCUGCCGGGCCUACGGUCACAGAGCCCCCUCGCUCCCCUACCGGCCAGGUUGCCAGAAAGCCUGCGCCGCUCCAACGCCCACUCCCCGAUGCCCCUCUGAGCCCUGGUCUUCACAGACCAUCCUCUCAUGCGAGCCUGCAGCAGCAGCAGCAGCCCGAGGCGCCAGCCUCACCGAAACCUGCGUCUGGGCUGAAGUCCAAGCUUGGACCAGCCAGACAGGAUGAGCGGUUUGCGAAGAGGCAAACAUCGACUCAAGGCCCUCACAUGAAUGAGCGGCCCCAGCAGCUGCCAACUCCCUCCAAGGCGGUCGCCGAGAACGAGCGGCUAACCGCCUAUGGCUCUGUGCUCGUUCCCGCCCUCCGCGCCGCAAUGAAUCGACGCGGCCGCCAGCUUGCUCGCCUGGAGCCCGGGCGAAACCACAGUGAUCGGGAACCAACCCCCGAGGAGGAGAAAGCCUGGGAGCGCAGUGUGCGUAUCCAUCGGGGUAUGGAGCAAAUGGCGGAUGAUAUCGCCCAAUCAUUCGCCAACCUUCACCUCUGGGACGCGGAAGCCCCAGUACAGCUGGGGAAUGGAGUCGAUGCUAUUCUUGACGCCUUCCUCGAGGAAGUACUUGUGCGGCUUCAGCCGAACUCUCUCUAA